CACUUUUAUUCCAGCUAGCUGCUCGCCCCGAUUUUUGCUCAAUUUCAUUGAUUUUUCGCCGAUUUUCUUGCAGAAUUCCAUGAAAUCCAGAUGAAAAAUGCUUUUUAAAGCGAGAAAAUGGAUUUUAAGUGGUGCGAGUGCUCAAAAAAGCAAAAGUAUGGCUCAUACGAUGCUCGUCGAGAAUGGAUUUAUUUUGCCGACGGCGAAAGGAUUUUAUAGUCUCCUGCCCCUCGGACAACGUGUAAUCGACAAGUUGUGCCGAAUUCUCGACGUGGAAUUUCAGAACUCGGGAGCUCUGAAAAUCGCGAUGCCGAUCGUCGGAACACAGCAAUUAUGGGAAAAAACUGGCAGAUGGGAGGCGAUGGGACCGGAAAUGAUUCGAUUUCACGACCGACAGCAGAAUCAUAUGUGCCUUCAAGUGGCCAACCGCCGAGGAAAUGUGCACAGAACUGAUCGCAACACUAUCACCGCUCAAAAAAUCACAAUUUCCCCUUAUUGUCUAUCAAAUCGGUGAAAAAUUUCGCGAUGAAAUGAAUCCGAGAUUCGGAUUAAUGCGUGGGCGUCAAUUUCUAAUGAAGGAUAUGUAUUCGUUUUCCACUGAUGCGGAGACAUCUCAACAAACAUAUGCACAGAUUCGUCAGAUUUAUGAUCGAAUUUUUGGAGAGAUUUUGCAGUUGGACGAGGAUGUGAUUAAGGUGGAAGCAGAUUCCGGAGUACAUGGAGGUCAUAUAAGUCAUGAAUAUCACCUGAAAAGCAGUUUGGAGGAGGAUUUUGUGAAUUUCUGCGAAAAUUGCAAAAAUCACAACAAAUUCGAAGGUCCAGGGCCGGCGAAAUGUGAAAAAUGUGCUGAAAAUUCAUCAAAAACUGUGCAAAAAAUCCCAUCCGUCGAAAUUGCGCACACAUUCCACCUCGGCACCAAAUAUUCAGAAGCUCUCGGAGCCAAAUUUCAAGGAAAACCAUUGGAUAUGUGCUGUUUUGGAAUUGGUGUAACACGGCUUCUUCCGGCGGCAAUUGAUUUGUUAUCAGUUAGUGAUAAGGCUCUCCGACUGCCCAGAGCUAUCGCUCCGUUCGAUGCUGUGAUUAUUGUAAAGAAAAGCCUCAUGUCGAAUGUGAUUGUGGAAAUGGCGAGCUCGUCGGCUUCUCGUUAUCUAAAAGGAGGCAUUUUAUUGGACGAUCGUGUGGAAAUGUCGGCCGGAAAGCGAAUUCACGACGCAAAUCGACUCGGAAUUCCAUUUAUUCUCGUUAUUGCGAACGAGACGGAGCGGAGUCUUGCUACGCAGAAGCCCGUCAUCGAGGUAUUCACGACACACGCCAAGUCUGCGGAGCCCAUGUCUCAGGGCUCAAUGAGCUUGGACCGUUUCGUGACUUUUGUGCAAUCUACGCUUUAUGGAGGUGGCGGAGCACACGAUUCUGGUCAUUUGGCACAUAAUCAAGUACUUGAUCAACUCGGAUCUCAUCAGCAUUGAAUUUUGUUGAAAAUUUGAUUUUUAGGAGAUUUCUAUGGUUUUUUUGUUACAUUUCUUUGAUUUUCUUGUUUUUUCCUGAAAAAAUGUGAUUUUUA